UAGUAACUUGCAGUUUCAGAGCACAUGCCUGGUGUCAGGGCUAGCCUGCCCCGCGCGCUGCGGUCUCGCUCCGCUGUACCUGCCGGGGGCAUUCACCUCGUCAUUGCUCGGUGUCUUCCACCCGUUACAAAACCAGAAAAGUUGUGUUCUCUAACGCCAAAGAGGAGGUUUGGCUUUCUGGGAGUGAUUCUGAGACCCUGAGGUGCAAAGAAGAGACGCUCGGAGAAAAGUAAAAUAUGACUAAAAGCAAUGGAGAAGAGCCCAAAAUGGGGGGCAGGAUGGAGCGAUUCCAGCAAGGAGUCCGUAAACGCACACUGUUGGCCAAGAAGAAAGUACAGAACAUCACAAAGGAGGAUGUUAAAAGUUACCUGUUUCGGAAUGCUUUUGUGCUGCUCACUGUCACAGCUGUCAUUGUGGGUACAAUCCUUGGAUUUACCCUCCGACCAUAUAAAAUGAGCUACCGGGAAGUCAAGUACUUCUCCUUUCCUGGGGAACUUCUGAUGAGGAUGUUACAGAUGCUGGUCUUACCGCUUAUCAUCUCCAGUCUUGUCACAGGAAUGGCGGCCCUAGAUAGUAAGGCAUCAGGGAAGAUGGGAAUGCGAGCUGUAGUCUAUUACAUGACUACCACCAUCAUUGCCGUGGUGAUUGGCAUAAUCAUUGUCAUCAUCAUCCAUCCUGGGAAGGGCACAAAGGAAAACAUGCACAGAGAAGGCAAAAUUGUACAAGUGACGGCUGCAGAUGCCUUCCUGGACUUGAUCAGGAACAUGUUCCCUCCAAAUCUGGUGGAAGCCUGCUUUAAACAGUUUAAAACCAACUAUGAGAAGAGAAGCUUUAAAGUGACUGUCCAGUCCAACGAAACGCUCGUCGGGGCUGUGAUAAACAACGUGUCAGAGGCCAUGGAGACUCUUACACGGAUCACAGAGGAGCUGGUCCCAGUUCCAGGAUCUGUGAACGGGGUCAAUGCCCUGGGACUAGUUGUCUUCUCCAUGUGCUUCGGUUUUGUGAUUGGAAACAUGAAGGAGCAGGGCCAGGCCCUGAGAGAGUUCUUUGAUUCUCUUAAUGAAGCCAUCAUGAGAUUGGUAGCAGUGAUAAUGUGGUACGCCCCUCUGGGCAUCCUCUUCCUGAUCGCCGGGAAAAUUGUCGAGAUGGAAGACAUGGGUGUGAUUGGGGGGCAACUUGCCAUGUACACCGUGACCGUCAUUGUUGGCUUACUCAUUCACGCAGUCAUCGUGCUGCCCCUCCUCUACUUCUUGGUUACCCGGAAAAACCCCUGGGUUUUUAUUGGAGGGUUGCUGCAAGCACUUGUCACAGCUCUGGGGACCUCUUCAAGUUCUGCCACUCUACCCAUCACCUUCAAGUGCCUGGAAGAGAACAAUGGUGUGGACAAACGCGUCACCAGAUUCGUGCUUCCCGUGGGGGCCACCAUUAACAUGGAUGGGACUGCCCUCUAUGAGGCUUUGGCCGCCAUCUUCAUCGCUCAAGUUAACAACUUUGAACUGAACUUUGGACAGAUUAUCACAAUCAGCAUCACAGCCACGGCCGCCAGUAUUGGGGCAGCUGGAAUUCCUCAGGCAGGUCUGGUCACUAUGGUCAUCGUGCUGACCUCCGUGGGCCUGCCCACCGAUGACAUCACGCUCAUCAUCGCAGUGGACUGGUUCCUGGACCGCCUCCGAACCACCACCAACGUGCUGGGAGACUCCCUUGGAGCUGGGAUUGUUGAGCACUUGUCACGACACGAACUGAAGAACCGAGAUGUUGAAAUGGGUAACUCAGUGAUUGAAGAAAAUGAAAUGAAGAAACCGUAUCAGCUGAUUGCCCAGGACAAUGAAACUGAGAAACCCAUCGACAGUGAAACCAAGAUGUAGACUAACAUAAAGAAAUGCUUU